AUGGCUGCCGCCUCCCCUCUGAGAAACCUGGAGGAUGAGGUGCUGUGCUCCAUCUGCCUUGACUACUUGAGAGAGCCAGUGACCAUUGACUGUGGUCAUGUCUUUUGCUAUCACUGCAUCAUUAAGGUCUGUGAAUCUUCUAGGCAGCCAUUAUAUUGUUCUCUCUGCAAGACAGCUUUUAAGAAAGAGAAUAUCCGCCAUGUAUGGCAGAUGGCCAGUUUGGUGGAGAACAUCUGGAGGAUGAAAGUAGAUGAGGAGAGACAACCCAGAGAGGAAAGAUCACCUGAGCAAAGGGCAGAGAAGCUGUGUGGGCGACAUCUGGAGAAGCUGCAUUACUACUGCAAAGAUGACCAGCAGAUUCUGUGUGUGAUGUGUCGGGAGUCUCGGGAGCACAGGCACCAUGCUGCUGUUCUUCUGGAGAAGGCUGCACAGCCUUAUCGGGGUAAAAUCCUAAAUCAUCUGAAGAUUCUGAAGGGAGACAGGGAUAGAAUUCAGAAUUUUCAAUCUACAGGAGAAGAUGAGAUUCAGGCCCUGCUCACAAAAUUCCAGGGCCACAGGCAAGAUAUUGUAACAGUGUUUGAACAGGGCCAUCAGUUCUUGAGAGAAAGGGAACAGUUCCUGUUGGACUUGCUAAUGGAGAUGGAGCAAGAGCUCACAGAAGGGAGGAGCAGCCAUAUAACUAAAGGCUCAGAGGAGGUGGUCCGGCUUGGGACUCUGAUUUCUGAAUUAGAGAAGAAGGUUCGGCAGCCAGCACUGGAACUUUUGCAGGACCCCAGUGACAUAAUAAGCAGGUAUCCCCGGAAGAAGUUCUGGAUUGAAAAGCCCAUCAGUCCUGCAAUCAAAAAGCGAGCAGAAGAAUUUUCUGAUAAAAUUCUUUCAUUAGAGAAAGGCCUGAGAGGAUUCCAUGGAAAAUUGUUGAGGGAUCUGGAAUAUAAAACAAUGAGAAUCGUCCUGAAUUCUCAGACAGCCAAUGGCUACCUCUCAGUGUCUCCAAAUGGGAAAAGUAUGAUAUUCACUGGCUUGUGGAUGAACAAAUACCAACAUGGUCAGCGAUUCGAUCCUGAGCCUGGUGUGCUGGGCAGUAAGGGCUUCACCUGGGGCAAAGUGUACUGGGAAGUGAAAGUGGAUAGGAUCUGGUGGGGAGCAGAGGAGGAAGAAGAAGCAAUGAAAUACAGAGGUGGAGCCAGAGAUGUGUUUGGCAGUAGCUAUCUUGGUGGGUUCAUAGGAAUCACUGAUGGAUAUAGUUCUCCUGGAUACAGAAAUGAGAGCGAAGAGUUGGAGGAAGAAUGGUCUCAGGAAAAUGGAAUAUGGCCGAAAUUCUGCUUGUUGGGGGUGGCAAGAGAGUCAGUGGUGAGAAGAGGGUUCCUGGCCUUCACCCCUGAGGAGGGAUUCUGGACUCUACAGCUAUCUUCAGCAGGGGUCUCUAUAUGUACAAACUCUGAACCUUUCCAGAUACUGUCCUACUGUCCAAGGCAGAUUGGCAUUGCCUUGGAUUAUGAUGGAGGGAAGGUCACCUUUACAAAUGCUAGAACCCAAGAGUUUAUCUAUGAAUUCUCAUCUUCCUUUACUGGGAGAAUUUUUCCUUUUUUGUGGCUUAACUGCAUGAGAUCUAGACUUACACUGAGACCCUGAGAGGAAAUAAUCUGGGCACAGUCCUUUGGUUUUUUCAUUUAUCUCUUUUUCCUCUACAUCAUUCCCAAUUUUCUACUUUGGCUAGACUGACCUGCUGGAUUUCUGAAUCCCUUAGGUGACUGAAACAGUAUGGUAGCCUCAGGAGUAUUCUGCCCUCUCUGCUUUGUUUCUAAAAUGGAACUGAUAAUACUUGAU